AGAGUCGUUAAAUGAUUUGAUUGAUUUGACUAAGUUUUCAUCUAACGAACAUCGACUCUCAAUUAUUAACUUCACGUAAAAUUGAUUACACAUGAGUUUCUACCAUCUGUGGUGUUUACAACUUCGCAUAAAAAUAUUAGAGAGACUUUUCCAUUUCUAAACACCUACCAACUUUUCAUUCAUUUGUUUUCUGUGUUGCGACUAAAUCCAUAGCCAAGGAUAUACAUAGUCAAACCAUACAUGGUGUUUAAUUUGUGAUAUAUACUAUGAUUGGAUAGAAUUAAAUAUUAUAUUCUAGUAGUAGUACAUAUAAACAUUUGGCAUGAUGAUAUCCAUAUCCAAGUAAAGUUCAGAUUAAACAAUGUGAAGGGCAGGGGCAUAGAUACUAAAUAGUUUAGAGAUGAAACAGUGUUAUAUAUUUGGUUAUUAACAAGCACGUUGGCACGUCAAAACGUGAGAACCUCUUCGUAGUGUGUAGUGUCCAUAGUCCAAUGUCAACGCCAACUACAACGUGAUGCCUACCACAUAGCAUAACAUAGCCUCAAAUCCCUUGAUCUUGAUUAAUGAUUCUUCUUUCUUUCUUUCUUCUUUGUUGUGUUAUAUUAUAUAUAUAAGAAACUGUCAUGUAUUUGCAAUGCAUGCAUAAGGGUACAAGCAAGAAAGAAACAUUGUUGGUUCAUUCAUUUGGUCACAGCAGUUCUCUUUCUCAUUUCUAACCAUCAUGAACAUCUCUUUAUGCAUCAUAACACUACUACUGUUGCACUUGGGCUUAUUUUUAGGGGCAAGCUUAGCCUACUCCUCAAGCUUCAACUAUGGUGAUGCUGUUGACAAGAGCUUGAUGUUCUUUGAAGCCCAAAGGUCUGGUAAAUUGCCACCUCAGCAGCGAGUCAAGUGGCGCGGUGAUUCUGGCCUCAAUGAUGGACUUUCACAAGGAGUGGACCUUGUGGGAGGGUACUAUGAUGCUGGGGAUCAUGUGAAGUUUGGGCUGCCAAUGGCAUAUAGUGUGACAAUGCUUGCAUGGGGAGCCAUUGAGUUCAGAAAAGAGAUCACUGACUUGAACCAAAUGGGACACACUUUGUGGGCCAUUAAAUGGGGAACUGAUUACUUCCUCAAAGCACAUCCUCAGCCUAAUGUUCUUUGGGGACAGGUGGGGGAUGGAGCCUCGGAUCACUAUUGCUGGGAGCGUGCUGAAGACAUGACAACUUCAAGAACUGCCUAUAAAGUUGAUGAAGAGCAUCCUGGCUCUGAUAUUGCUGGUGAAACUGCAGCUGCAUUGGCUGCAGCAUCCAUAGCCUUCAAGCCCUACAACUCUUCUUACUCUAGUCUUCUCCUAAUUCAUGCAAAACAGCUCUUCACAUUUGCAGAUAGGUUCAGAGGUCUAUAUGAUGAUUCCAUAACUAGUGCUCAGCAAUUCUACACUUCUUCCGGUUACUCAGAUGAACUAUUAUGGGCUGCAGCAUGGUUGCAUCAAGCAACUGAUGAUGAAUACUACCUAAAGUAUGUAGUGGACAAUGCUGUGUACAUGGGUGGAACUGGCUGGGCAGUGAAGGAGUUCUCUUGGGACAAUAAAUAUGCCGGUGUACAAAUCCUCUUGUCGAAGGUGUUACUAGAAGGAAAGGCUGGUUCAUAUGCCUCUACACUAAAGCAGUACCAAGCCAAGGCAGAUUAUUUUACCUGUGCUUCCUUGCAAAAGAAUGAUGGUUACAGUGUCCAGAAGACUCCAGGUGGUCUAGUAUACGUGCGCGAAUGGAACAACAUGCAGUAUGUUUCUUCUUCUGCAUUUCUCUUGGUUGCUUACUCUAAGUAUCUAUCAGAUGCAAAAACUCAGAUUAUUUGUCCAGAUGGACAAGUUCAGCCUCAGGAGCUCCUCAAUUUUGCAAAAUCACAGGCUGAUUACAUCCUUGGCAAAAACCCUGAGGGUAUGAGCUACUUGGUUGGAUCUGGACCAAAAUAUCCUGUACAUGUUCACCACAGAGGGGCUUCCAUUGCUUCAAUCUUUUCUAUUAGGUCUGAAGUUGGCUGCAUCCAAGGAUUCGAGACAUGGUAUCACCGUGCCGAACCGAAUCCUAACAUAAUCUAUGGUGCCCUUGUGGGUGGUCCUGAUAAAAAUGAUGAGUUCUCUGAUGACAGAUCAAAUUAUGAACAAACUGAGCCUACGCUUUCAGGAUCAGCUCCUCUUGUAGGCAUCUUUGCUAAACUGCAGAGUUUAUAUGGCAAUUCAGGUUACUACCAUAAGGAAUCAUCAGUUCCCCACCACAAAACACCAAAUACCACAAGCUCAUGGAAAACAUCAUUGUCUAAAUUAAUAAAAGGUGCACCAAUUGAGUUCCUUCACUCAAUUACUAGCUCAUGGACUGUUGGGGCUACAACUUAUUACCGCCACAGAGUGAUAAUCAAGAACACUUCUUUGGAGCCAAUAACAGAUCUCAAGUUGGUGAUUGAGAAUCUCUCAGGAUCUAUAUGGGGUCUAUCUCCAACAAAUGAGAAGAACAUUUAUGAACUUCCACAAUGGCUCAAUGUCUUGAAUCCUGACUCAGAGUGUAUGUUUGUUUAUGUUCAAGAAGGACCACAAGCAAAGAUCAGUGUUCAAAGCUUCCAUUGAUCAUUUUUGGUAGAGAGGAUUGGAAGUAUAAAGUACAUUUGAUAUCCUAAGCGGCCAUAUUAAGGGUUUCUUUUUUCCUUUUUUUUAUACUUGUAAUUUGACUGUUAAACUUCUGCUACUUCCAUGAUUGUAAAUUUUUAAUAUCAACCUGUCAGAUCAUUACCUUACUACACAAAGUAAAAAAUAUAUAUAUAUAUAUUGAAAUGUAUAGUCUGCUAUUACAAGCAAUCAAUAUAUGAAACAACCCCGCUACGUU